AAGCGCAUUACGUUUUUCUUAUUCAUUUUCUUUAUAUUCAAAAAAAGAAACUUUAUAGAGUAUUCGAUACACGACUCUUUGAUUAUGCAUUUUAGAAGUAUACCUUUUCCCUCCGCUCCACGUGUAAUGCACUGCAGGGCCACUCUACGCGUACUUGUUACACGAGAAAAGUUUACCUCACAGACUUCUCGGGUUUUCUUUUUUCUUUUUCAUUACCUGAUUGUGUGAAUUAUGGCCAACCAACAUUUACUUGACGACUGUAUCUUUUGCAAGAUUAUCAAAGGCGAGAUUCCUUCUUGCAAGAUUGCUGAAACGGACAAGAGUUAUGCUUUCCUUGACAUCAACCCUUUGAGUGAAGGACAUGCUCUCGUCAUCCCCAAAUACCAUGCACAAUUCUUCCAUCAAGUACCUGAUGAUAUCCUUGCAGAUAUGCUCCCAUUAGCAAAAAAGGUUGCUAUUGCUAUUGGUUUGGAAGAUGGUCAAUACAAUCUCUUGCAGAACAACGGACCUAUGGCUCAUCAAGUCGUACCUCAUGUUCACUUUCAUAUUAUUCCAAAACCUAAUCCUGAACAAGGUCUCAAGAUUGGAUGGCCUCAACAGCAGGUAACGCCGGAUGAUCUCAAGAAGACCUUGGAGCGUAUCAAGGAAAAAUUAUAAUUCAAACGGACAUAUUAAAGAAUUGAAUUUAUAUAUGCUUAUCAAUAAAUGAUCAAUUCAUCUUGAUAGUAUAAGCAAAUGACGCGAGCUCAUAUAGAAUAGCAUUUCCCUCCCUUCUUUUGUCGUGAAUAACUACUUUGUUGAUUAUACAUACAAUGGAUAACAGUAAUGAUCUCUCUCUUUUUCUUUUUAUCACGAG